UCUCAACCUCCCACUUCCUCUUCCAUAUCUCUCUCUCUCUCUCUCUCUCUAAAGCUGCUAACAAAGAUUACUCAAGGUAUAGACAGACUAGUGGUCCAUAUGAGAUUUUUUCUUCUUCUUCUUCUUCUUCUUCUUCUUCUUCUUCUUCUUCUUAUAAAGAUGGGCAUAUGCGAAAGAACCUUUCAGCAGCCUACACUCUCUUCUUCCCUUUGCACCUCUCUUACUCUUAUCUUUCUCUGUUCAUCUUCUCCUUACCUCCCAACAGAGGAAAACCCAAGUGAAAAUCUCGGCUUAUUUUACUGUUCAUCGAGGGAAAUUCACCAAUCCAAAGCCCGUGCCAUGCUAUUCCACAGCUUUCUUGAACUUUCCCUCUGCCUUUAUUACCCUUCAAUUCCCCACUGAUAAUGGAGCAUGAUAAUGAUUUCCAUGGCCGGAGAGCUCAAGAAAGCUGUGGGAGAACAUGUCAAUCUCUGGGCUUAAUUCAGGAACUAGCUAGCUAGCUUCCCACCGAACUGCCAUGCCUCACUUAUCAAGUUCUGCAUCAGAAGGGAUCCAAUAUAUGGAAAGGAGAGAUCUAUAGCUUAGCUGCAGCAUCCAUGCAGUAGGGCUAUAGCAGAAUUUUAGGUAAGUUCCCUUUGGAUCAACACUUAACUAGAACUCUGAUGGCUCGAUCAAAACAGUGAAAGAAAAAGGGCAACAACAGAAGUGUUUUUAUUUAUAUAUAUUGUUGAUAGUGACUGGACUAUCAGCCGCUACGACUAGUAGUUGGUGGUCUCGCUGUCCGGUCACCGAGUGGGGUCCAGGGGCAACGCCCCCGGCCUGUGGUGUAUGGGCUCAAUGUUAUUUGGGUUCUGCUUCUGGGCCUGGUUUGUAACCGUUUCCUUUGCCAUAUUGGAUUAGGUUUAGACCCACAUGGAGAAGUACUAUAAAUACU